CGCCGCAUUUUCCAUCUUUCUUCUUUCUCUUCCAUUCCAGGACGCUUACUAGAUGGGACAUAUAGUCUCUUCAUGAGCCAUUUUUUUUUUCUUAUUGAUACGCUGUAUUGAGAAUUAAUUGACGUUUCAGUUUCGUUGGCCCGGACAUUCCGACGCUUUGAACUUGGAGAAGAGGGAGUGCACGCGACGGCAUUGCGACGAUGAUAUCGCGACAUUUCAUCUGUGUUUUAUUCGCCCUUGGUGCAGUGGCCGUUCCCUCGACGUCUCAGAAGGUCCUCGUGGGCGACUGCUCUCAGCAUGGGCUUCUGUGGGAUUGCGGCGCAAACGGGCUGGUCUGGACAAAGGGAGCGGUGCGGAUGAAUCACAUGCAGGUCGUCGGGUCGCACAACAGCUAUCACGUCGAAGCACCCAAGGCGGAGCGCGAUCUCCAGACUGCAUGGACGUCUGCGGCUACGGAUCUGCAGUAUUCGCAUGCGGCUUUGGAUGUGCAGCUGGAGUAUCUCCAUGUGAGGAAUUUAGAGCUGGAUUUGCUCGCGGAUCCUGAGGGUGGCAUGUAUAGUGAUCCGCUGCUUAGGAGGUUCGCUAGGUUGGGCCCGCUGGAUGAUCCAAAGCUUAAGAAGAAGGGGACAAAGGUGCUGCAUAUACCGGAUGUAGACUACCACACUACUUGCUCGACGCUGGUUUCCUGUCUGCGCGUUAUCAAGACGUGGAUGGAUGCGCACCCGGAUAGCGUGCCUCUCCCCAUCAUGAUGGAACUUAAGACGGCUGAGGAGCUGGGAGAAAGGCUCGGCGGCGCCAAGGUGGUACCGUGGGACACUGAUCUUUUGAAUCUCGUGGAUGAGGAGAUUCGGUCCGUCUUUGACAAGUCGCAGCUCAUCACCCCGGAUGAUGUACGCAGAGACGGCCUGACGCUGGAGGAAUCCAUUUUGAAGUACGGUUGGCCGGACUUGGACAGCGCAAGAGGAAGAAUCUUUUUCCUUAUGGAUAAUGGGCCGGUUCAUGAUGUGCGGGAUGCGUACAUUGAGGGGCGGCCGAAUCUGGAGGGGAGGGUGCUGUUUACGAAUAGUGCGCCUGGACAAGGCGACUGUGCGUUCCAAAGGCUUAACGAUCCUUUGACCGACGCAGAUGUCGAGUUCAUCCAGGCCCAAGUCCACGCAAACUACUGGGUCCGCACCCGCGCCGACGAGCCCCUUAGAACUGUUUUCAAAGAAAAAUGCGAUAUUUCUCGGCGAGACGCGGCGCUUCGGUCAGGGGCGCACAUUGUGUCGACGGACUUUGCGGGCUAUGAGCUGAGUUCGCGGUGGGGAUGCGAUUACGCAGUGAGGUUGCCUGGGGGGAAGGGGGCGAGGUGUAAUCCGGUGAUUAGGGGGGGAUGUGAGGGGGGGUUGGAGCCGGAUGAGUAUACGGAGAAUUAAGGGGUUUGGUGUUUUAUGAUUUGGAAUGGAUUAUGUUUGUGUUUUUCGAUGAGGGUGAGGAAGAUGAUGUUAGACUGGGCUGGGUAAGUGGCGGCUUUGAUGGGGAUAUUGUAUUUUGCUGAAAGAUACAUUGUGAAAUUAUGUGAGAUAAUUUUCGAGCCGUGAAACAAUGGACGGCGGAAUAAAGCCAGUCGUGGAUGAUUGUCUCUUUACGGCGUAAGACUCAAGUUUCGGAAACUAGUGUGGCUUUAUACAAGGGGUUGAAGUUGUCAUUCUCUCAGAUCUAUAUGUAGACGUUUUAAAUUUCCUGGCA